AUGGAUCAUUCCGGAAACCUCUUGAACGAAACCGAACACCCAGGACUUGAUAAAGACCAGGUGCUCAAUCUCUACCAGAAAAUGAUUCAGCUCAACGUAAUGGACGGAAUCAUGUAUGAUGCCCAGCGCCAAGGCCGUAUCAGUUUUUACAUGACACAUUAUGGAGAAGAAGCCUUGAUCGGUAUCGCGGCUGCUUUAGAUUCAGAAGAUGUCGUUUUUGGACAGUAUCGUGAGGCAUAUAUGUUUCUUUACAGAGGACUCACGGUCGAUGAGUGUGUCAGUCAGUGCUUUGGAAACGAACUGGACAUGAACAAGGGACGUCAAAUGCCGGUCCACUAUGGUUCAAAGAAAUACAAUUUCCAAACAAUCUCAUCGCCACUUGCUACACAGAUUCCACAGGCAGCCGGCUCUGCUUAUGCGCUCAAGAUGGCCGGAAAUAGAAACAUAUCUGUGUGCUUCUUUGGUGAAGGAGCAGCGUCUGAAGGUGAUUUCCAUGCAGGACUUAAUAUGGCUGCCACAUUAAGCUGUCCAGUUAUCUUUAUAUGUCGUAACAAUGGCUAUGCAAUCUCUACUCCUUCUUCCGAGCAGUACAAGGGAGACGGUAUUGCCUCUCGUGGCCUAGGUUACGGAAUUGACACAAUCCGUAUCGAUGGCAAUGACAUCUGGGCCUGUUACAACGCCACCAAGAAAGCCAGAGAGAUUGCCGUGACUUCUAACAAACCGGUUCUUAUCGAGGCCAUGACAUACCGUGCAGGCCACCACAGUACCUCUGAUGACUCGACAAAGUACCGCAACAAAAAAGAAGUUGCGGACAUCAUCCAGAACGACAAUCCAAUCACAAGACUGAGACACUAUAUCGAAAACCACGGCUGGUGGUCUCAGGAGGACGAGGAUGCCUGUCGCAAGCAGGCCCGGAAGACCGUCCUGGAUAGUUUUGCAUCGGCCGAAAAGAAGAAGAAGCCGGCGCUUGAGAACCUGUUUACGGAUGUCUAUGAUGAAUUGACCCCGAAUCUCGAAGCACAAAAGAAAGAGUUGCGAGAAUUGAUUGCCAAAUACCCAGAGUAUUAUCCAACUGAUGAAUUCAAGUCUUCCAUUUAA